GGAGGCUUACAGUUUGGGAUUAGGGAUUAAAUCUAUAUUUAAAACGUCCGUAACUUCUUAGGAUAAUUACCAUCGAUUGUCUUUUUCCAUUAUACACACCAUAUUACAACUAGAGUCCAUUGCUAUCGAUUUUUGAAUAUCCCUCAGCACCCUGAUACAGUCAUAUCGAAAAUUCUGCAUAAUGAAGCUGUUGGAAUUGCACUAGCAAGAAUGUCCACGGAACAUUGACAUUUGCAAGUUCCAAUUAUAUUUUGUGAAGUUCACUUCUUUCAAGAUACGGAUAAGUUAACACUUGAAAUACGUACCUAGUAGCUUAGCGCGAUAAUGUGCGUAUACGGAUAUUGCGUGCUUUCACGUGACCGCCACCUCUUCCUAUUUUCCAGACUAAAUAAAACUUGUGAUCAAUCAGCUCCGAGUUUCAGAUUUUCAGUUCUGCGUCGCCCAAUCAUAGACCCCAAUCAAACAUAUCUCGAAAUAUGGCGGGAGUUGCCAUGCUUCGUCCCCUUGCAAGGGCUCCGAUUAGAGGUCUUGCAAGAAAUUAUGCCACGAUACCGGCGAAGGCUCAUCAUCGUGUUGUAGUCGUUGGAGGAGGAACUGCCGGCGUAACAGUCGCAGCUCAGUUACAACGAACUCCCGAGUUCGAGAAUAAAGACAUCGCCAUCCUAGACCCAGCACAGACGCAUCAUUAUCAGCCCGGAUGGACACUUGUCGGUUCAGGCUUAAGGUCCCUUGAGGAUAUGCAGAGACCCCUUUCCAGCGUGAUUCCGAAGGGCGUCAAGCACUAUCCUCUACGGGUAUCUACUUUUGACCCCGCAAAUAACUCCAUCAAGACAUCUGAAGGAGUUAACGUUUCAUACGACUACUUGAUUGUUGCUCCGGGCCUCGAGACCAACUUUGCCGGGGUGUCGGGUCUGGAACAAGCUCUACAAGACCCCGCUAGCCAAGUAUCGUCUAUAUACUCGGAGAAGACAGUUGAGCAGGUCUGGAGAAAUAUACAGGCUUUCAAAAAGGGGCCAGCUAUCUUCACUCAACCUGCCGGAAUCAUAAAAUGUGCCGGUGCCCCUCAAAAGGUUAUGUGGAUGGCUCUUUCGCAAUGGAAGCGAGAUGGCGUGCGAGAUAAUAUUGAUAUUACUUUUGCUACUGGAGGUCCCUCUAUGUUUGCUGUUCCAAAGUACUCACAGGCUCUUGACGAGCUGCGUAAGCAACGAAACGUCGAGGGUCUCUUCCAGCACAACCUCGUAAAGGUGGACCCGAAAACCAAGGUCGCAACAUUUAAAAACUUAGAUGGGGGUGCCAAAGGGGCGCUUGUGGAGAGAGAAUUUGGAUUCCUGCACGUCGUACCACCGCAGAAGCCGUUCGAUUUCGUCGCCAAAUCAGAGUUAGCUGAUGCCGCGGGAUGGGUUGACGUUGACAAAUCCACAACCCAACAUACGAAAUUUAAGAACGUUUUCUCUCUUGGCGAUGCAUCCAGCCUUCCUAAUAGUAAAACUGCGGCUGCAAUUACAGCACAAGCACCGGUUUUAAUAGACAACCUGCUUGCAACUAUGAAAGGCAAGGAACUUAAGGCCUCAUACGACGGUUAUGCAAGUUGUCCGCUUCUCACCGGCCAUAAUGAACUUAUGCUCUGCGAGUUCAAAUAUGGUGGCAUACCUAAGGAGACCUUUGCAAACAUACUCGGAGGUCAGGAAUCCCCUAAUCGGUUAUUCUACCAUUUGAAGAAAGAUUUCUUCCCGUAUGUUUACUGGAGCCAUUUCGUUAAUGGCACUUGGUACGGACCGAGUGCAUUUUUCAAGCCUGAUACCACGGUUAAGGCUUAACUUAAGCUCAACCAUGUUCAACAGCCUCUGCGAUACAGACUCUAGAUCGCUCUUGUACAUAGAACUUCCGUAGAUACCACAUUAAUCCGUUCUUGCUAAGAGGCAUAUAAGGAAUGUUAGUGAAAAUGUAUGUGCUCAGGACUUGCGUUACUAGUUGGAGGUACCCC